CCGUCUCACACCGCAUUUAUGAAAAUGAAAUGUUCUCACACGGGAGCUGCAAUUUACGAGGCGUCAUUGAAGGCAACAAAUGAGAACAAGCGAGGGAGAGAAAGGGGGUUUGCUCAUCAGCGCUUUUUCCGUUUUCUGACGGCUCGUUGUUCCUCCUCCUCCUUCUGCCGUGUCACUGAACUAAAAAAAAAAUAGAGGAAGGAAUAUGGUUUGGUGCGACGCUCCUCCCGUUUAGUAGCGGAUCUCUGCAAACACGGACAGGAGGCUGUCGGUCCGGGUAAAAGCCGCCUCCAACACCUGAGACUAUCGCCCACAGUCCUGCAGGAGAGCAGCCAGCACACCGGGACACAUAAAUGGUGGAGGCCGUGGUGGAGUUCGACUAUGAGGCUCAGCAGGACGAUGAGUUGACCCUGACGGUGGGCGACAUCAUCAAGAACAUACGGCGGGACGAUGGCGGCUGGUGGGAGGGCGAGCUGGCCGGACGCAGGGGGUUCUUCCCCGAUAACUUUGUCAGGGAGUUAAAGAAGGAAGGGAAGAGAGAUGGAGGGCAGGCGGGGAUGAUUAAGUCUGAGCUCUCCAACGGCAGGGCCAGCCCAGUUUCGGACACCAGCGUGCGACCUGGAAAGAAAGGAGAGCAAAUCCGAAAGCGAAGAUGUAAGGCUUCCUUCAGCUAUGCACCUCAGCAUGAAGACGAACUGGAGCUGAAAGUCGGAGAUGUCAUCGAGAUCAUCGCAGAGGUGGAGGAGGGAUGGUGGGAAGGGGUUCUUCAUGGGAAGAUUGGAAUGUUUCCUUCCAAUUUCACCAAAGAGAUCCUGACAGAUCCGGACGCUCCCUCCCUGGAAACUCCCAACUCGCAGGAGGAGAUCCGCCACAGCCGCACCAGUAAAGACAGCCCCGGCAGUGAAAGCGACGGAGGAGACAGUCGGUCAGAAUCAGGGUCAGAAAUCCAACCUAAGAAGAUUCAGGGGAUUGGCUUCGGGAACAUCUUCAAAGACCAGCCCAUCAAGCUCCGGCCGCGCUCCGUGGAUCUGGAUUUAGAAAAGGUCAACGAAGGGAAAGGCGUGAGCGUAGCAGCUGAAACCAUGAAGACCGAACCUGACGGCAAAGCUAAAGUGCGGGAGCAGUGUAAGGUCCUUUUCCCGUACGAAGCACAAAAUGAAGACGAGCUGACGCUGAAAGAGGGGGACAUCAUCAAUAUUAUCACAAAGGAAUGUGCCGAUGCAGGUUGGUGGAUGGGGGAGAUCGGUGGAAGGCAAGGCGUCUUCCCAGAUAACUUCGUCAAACUGCUUGAAGUUGAGAAAGAGAGACCAAAGAAACCGCCGCCGCCCAGCGCUCCAUCAGCCAAACACGCCGCAGAGAAAAAAUCAGAAGCGAAGAAGGUUCCUCCUGAGCGGCCUGAGCAUCUGCCUCAAAGAGACCCGGAUCGAGGUGAAGAGAUGAAGAUUGGAGAAAUAGCUAAGCCCUCCCUCCCAGCUCACCUUCCCAAGAAACCCCUCCCCCCAAAGUCAAGCUCCUCCUCUUGCUCCCAUCCCCCACGGCGUCCAGAGAGGCCGCCUACAUUAGCGUGUGAAAGCCCCAAGUCUGAGGGCGGGGCUUCAACACCAGAUUCUGCCCCUGAUAGGUCACAGGCCACCGGUGAGUCUGACUGGCUGGACCAUGGAUGACUCGCUCCGUCUCUCUCACCUCUGCCUGAACUGAAUUUUACCAAAACUUUGUCUUUUAAUGCAGAAAACGGGACAUUUGACCAAGGGGUUUCACAAUACUGCAAAAUAUCCUCAACUCAAAUUAAUUAUAAUUACCUUUUGUAACAAUAUCUUAAUAGAAUUACUGAAUAUAAUUUUAUUAUAAAUAUAAUUUUAUUAAUAAUUGAACAGUAUACAAACACAUAUGAUGUAUAAAUUAGAAAUAAUUUGGGGUUUCCCCCAGAAACUUGCUAAGCCCGU